AUGAAGGAAAUCAAAAGGAAAAUAAACAAUAAUCAACUAGAUUGCCACCAGGAAAGUCAGAUUAAUCAGAAUCUUCUGAUCCCCUUCAUGAUCAUUAAACAGCACAUUAAUAAACAGCAAAUCAAGAAAACAAGUUAUAAGGAAAUCUUAUACAUGAUGAAAGCAAAUCAACUUCCACAAGAUUGCCUCCUGGCAAAUAUGAUCAACCUGAAUCAUCUAAUCCAAUUCAUGAUAAAUAAACUUCUCAUCAAUAAUCGGCAAACUAAGAUAAACCAUUUUAAUCCAAUCCUAACUAUAAAGAUGCUUCUUCAGCUGAUGAAUCUUCAGCAAAACCAACUCAUAGUUAGAACAAUUAACAUGUUACAGUUAAUUCUGCAGGAAAUUAAAAUUCCCAUGCUGGAGUUUACGAAGAACCAUUCCAGGGUAAUCCAAAUUAUAAGGAAGACAAACCAGAGAAGAUAAUUGAAGAUGUAGGUUUUGGAUCUGGCUCACCAAAUGCUUAUGAUGAAGAUGAAUGUCCAUAAGGAGAGGAAGAUGAUACUCCAAUCAAUUAUGAAGAAGAAGAGGUACCAGAAUAACCUGAGCCUGAAGUUUAAGAAGCUCCUGAGGAAACAGAAAAAGAAGAAGCAAAACCUGAAGAAGAACAAAAAGACGAAGAGGAGGAAAAACCAAAAAAAGAACCAGAAGUUGAAAAGCCUAAAGUUGAAGAAAAAUAACCUAUUCCAGAAAUUCCUCCUGAUGAUGAUGAACCUGCUGUUGAAGGAGAGGUUAUAAAAACAGAAGGAGUUGGUUCAUCAGUUGAUG